AAUAUGCAUGCGUGUACCAAUAGCAAAAUCAACUUUAUUUCAAAAGCUACUCAAUGGCCCCAAAAAAUAAAUGUCUGGACUAGUAUUUUAGGGGACCAUGUUAUCGGUCCGAUAUUUUUGGAAGGCAACAUAACUGGUGAAAAAUACCUUGCUAUUCUUGAAAAUACUAUUCAACCGUUAGUUUUUCGAAAAAUUGAAAAUAAUGACAACCUGACUGAGUUGGACGAAGAAAAAAUUGUUUUUCAACAAGAUGGUGCCCCAGCUCACUACACGAUUACUGUCAGGGAUUAUUUAAAUCAAGAACAUCCAGGCAACAAGUGGAUUGGGCGACGAGGGCCUAUUAAACGGUCCCCGAGAUCACCAGACUUGACAUCAAUUGGUUUUUUCGUAAGGCCACAGAUCUAACUAUUAAUUAUUAUGCUGGUCGCUGGACAGUGGACUUGGCUGCCCGACCACUAUUAUAAUGAUUAAUGACAAAUUGCUUCGUUCAAUAAAUUUUAAAUCUUUUAUAGAGUAAGCAUAACACGCGUGUACAUCUUUUUGUUCAAAACAUAUAAUAAAUUGCUGAAUUACGUGUUUAAAAUAAUACCUCGGCGAGUAAAGUUCACAAAUGACACAAAUAUUAUAGAUACCACGAUAUUUUGGGUCUAGUUUGCAAAAUUGCACAAUCAGUACUUAUGCAGUUAACUAUUAUAUUAUUGUAUAAUAUAUAAGACUAUAAUUUUAUUAUUAUUAUUUAUAAAGUUUUUACCGACCGUGUUAGAUUAGGUUUUUUACUAUUAUUGAUGAAAUAAAACCAAUAAUUACGCGUACUGUACCUAUACGUUUUCACGUGAAAUAAUAUUAUAAUAGUAAUACGUUGCGAAGGGUGAAGUGCAGAUCACACCCGGACGGUGCAGGUAGAUAUAAGAUAUUGUAUUGGUAUUCGUAUAUACACAUUUUAAUAUACGCCCUCGCGACCUUGUACAGUGUACCUCAUCGGAUUCGUAUUAUAUUGACGCGAAUAUGAAAAUGACUACACCCUGUGUGUGACCCUGUGUUCUUAAAAUAGGUACCCACCCGGAAAACGGGUUUCCGAUUUCUCGUACACGUGUGUCGACCAUAAUCACAUACGUGCCGCGUCGACCGUCGUCCGCCGUGAACGAUCACAAUAGUACAAUACAUAAUAUAUUUACUAUUUAGCAGUAGGUUUAUUACUAUUCGUUGCUUGCCCUGCGCACAUGACAAAAUAGAUCGUUUGGAUCUAUUUUGUCAAUAUGCUUGCGCAGUUGCACAUCGAGUCAUCGCGUACGGCUAACGAACGUCGAAUGUAUACGACCUAAUAUUGUAUUAUUGUAUUAAUAUAUAAAUAUAUUAUAUAUAAUUGCCAUAUAGGUGGUGAAUAGUAAUAACCAGUGGCACAACUAUAUAGGAAAACGGCAAACUGUGGUCCCACUGCUCCAGACGGUCAUGGCCAUAGAGUAAUAUUUUAUAUUACUCUAUGGUCAUGGCUCAUGAUAUAUAAAUUGACAUUAUAUUAAAAUAUUAACG